GGAAGAUGGCGGCGGCCAUGGUGAUGGCCGCCGGGCUGCGCGUGGCGCGCAGGGUUGUGGUGGUCGCGGGGCCGCGGGGGACGCAGGUCCGAGGAGCAGCAGGUGUGAAUGAUGGGAAUGAAGUGGCCAAGGCCCAGCAGGCAACUCCUAAGGGAGCAACCCCAACCAUCUUCUCCAGGAUCCUGGAUCGAAGCCUUCCAGCUGACAUUCUAUAUGAGGACCAGCAGUGUCUCGUAUUUCGUGAUGUGGCACCUCAGGCUCCUGUGCACUUCCUGGUCAUUCCCAAGAAGCCCAUUCCUCGAAUUAGCCAGGCUGAAGAAGAAGACCAGCAGCUUCUAGGACACCUUCUCCUUGUGGCCAAGAAGACAGCAAAAGCAGAGGGGUUGGGAGAUGGAUAUCGACUUGUGAUCAAUGAUGGGAAGCUAGGAGCACAAUCUGUAUAUCACCUGCACAUUCAUGUACUUGGGGGCCGACAGCUCCAGUGGCCUCCAGGUUGAACCCACCAACUGACCAAGGACCUCAUACCUAUACCUGGAUGCUCGGAUGGGGUGGGGGGAAAGAGAUCCUGUAAUGCUAAUAAACUUCCUUUCACUUGA